AUGCCACAGCAACCUCGUCAUGGUAACAGGGGCACGAGCGGCAACGUUCACUCCCAGCAAUCAAACGAUCAGGUUCAGGCUCUUAGGAUCAGGCCCAAGGCCAAAGGCAAGGCGACCAACAGAAAUAGAUUUUUACGAUGCUGUCAGACCUCACAAGCAACAGCGACACCUCAUCAUGCGGUGAUAACAGCAGCUCAAGAGCAGAAGCCCUCGCGCCCAUGGUUGUCUUCUCUAGCGGCCAGGAUGGAGCUGGGCAUUAUUCAACAUCAGAGUUUUGGGCGUACCAAGGCAACGCAGAGAUUCCCGACGUUGUUCUUAUGGCGUGGCAGCGCCGCAUGCCGCCGAGCUCCCCUCAGCUUUUUGAAAGUUGUGGAGGAGCGCAGCUUGGAUUGGGCCAAGUUCUCGGUUGGUCUGUACCACCUCAACAGUGGAUCAAAACAAGGCAUGCGAUGGGUUCUUCGCGACUGGAGUGAUGCAGCAGUUGUCGCAUGA